GUUUGUAUUACAGAGGUGAAACUUUUAAACAAUGUGGGACGUCGUGAUUGUCGGCGCUGGAUUGUCGGGUUUAGCUGCAGCCAAUCAUGUACUUAGGAAAGACGCGCAGCUGAAGAUAAUAGUUUUGGAAGGAAAAGACCGAGUGGGCGGGCGAACGGUGAGCCUAAAGAUCCCGGCUGCCCGUGGAGAUGAUGUAUGGGAUCUCGGAGGUCAGUGGGUGGGCAGCACACAGACCCAUGUGAUGGACCUGAUCCGGGAACUGGGCCUGGAGGUCUACCCACAGUACACAGAGGGGAAGAAGGUGCACCACAUGGGGGCACCAGAGUCCAAGGCCCGCACCUACACCGGCAGCCUUCCCUUCUCCUCUCCACUGGUGCUGCUGGACACCACCCUCUUUCUGUGGAAGAUUGAAAAGCUGUGUAAGACAGUGUCGGUGGAGGAUCCCAUCUCAACCCCCAACGCUCUCCAGUAUGACAGCAUGACGCUACACACCUACAUGGAGCAGCACAUCUGGACUAAAGAGCUGCAGCAGAACAUGGGAGUCUGUUGCAGGACGCUCUUCGGGAUGGAGCCCGCCCAGCUGUCCUUCCUCUACUUCCUGGUGUUCGCCACCGCGGCCGGGGGGGUGCUGCCACUGCUGGGGACUGAAAGCGGCUCUGCUCAGGAGUUCAGAGUCAAGGGGGGCACCCAGCAGCUGUCAGAGAAACUGGCGGACCAGAUUGGAAGAGAGAACGUCCUUCUGGGCUCUGCAGUGACAGCUAUUGAACAGGUGCGGACGGCCACUCAGAGCUUCCCCUGCCGGGCGGUCAUUGUUACCUGUCCUCCUCAUUUAGCGGCCAAGAUCCGGUACUCUCCAGCCCUUCCCACAGAGAGGGAUCUACUUACUCAGUGCAUGCCUGUGGGUCACCUGAUUAAAUUCAUUGUCACGUAUCCCAUAGCGUUUUGGCGGGAGAAAGGUUUCUCCGGGGAGGUCGUGGUUCAGAACUCUACGGGCUGCCCGUUCAGUGUCACCUUCGAUGCCACCAGUCCCGGUGGGAGCCCGGCGUUGGUGGGUUUCAUCGCGGCUGAGCAAGCGUCUGAUUGGACCGUCCGAACGAAGGACGACAGGAGAAAUUCCGUCAUCCACAGUCUGCAGAAGUACUUGGGCCCUGAGGCAUCUGUUUUCAUACACUACGAAGAGAAGGAUUGGGCCAGAGAGGAGUUCAGUGGAGGGUGCCCUGUCAACAUCAUGGCUCCCGGGAUGAUAUCUUUCUACCAUCCCAGCCUCCGAAAACCAUGUGGAAGGUUUGUCUGUCUGUCUGUGCCGGCCCGGCUUGUUGUGGUGGGCUGGGCCCUGGGGGCCCGGCUGCCCCGGCCCGCCCCUGGGCCCCACGCCCCGGGGGGUGGCGUUCCCGUCUGCCUGCCCCCGCUGCCGGCCCCGCGUGGUCGGGCGUGUGGCCGCCUGGGGGCGGGGGCCCCGGGACCCGGCCGGGGUGUGCGCGGGGGGCUCGAUGCUUAG